AUGCGUUAUCCCAUCAGGGUCACGUGUAUAACCGGCGAAAGCCAGAACCCGAAUCUUUCACAAAGUGAGUGGAGGAUCACUCACACUGGCAAGUCUCGAAGGUCUACUUGCCAGCAACACUACUUGCCAUCUUCAUCCUUUUCCCAGAGGUGUGUGCUUUCUUCAAGACAAACAUCUACAGCCAAUCGAGCACCAAUCACCGCCUCGACCGAUGUUUGGUUUAUUGUGAUUGCUAAUGUUGCCCCCGUAAUGACCCUGCUCGGCGAACGGAACGCCAGAGGAUUCCUGCGGGUGUCUUCGUCUCGUGAUCGGCUGUUUCUAAUAGCAACCGCGCCACUUGGAAUUUUCUCAUUGAUGAUCUGUGUGAUUCGCCUUAGCGGACCCCGUAUCCUACGGCGACUCACUGGUCGUGAAGCGGACCCCAAGAGCGGGGCUCUGGUCGAGCUGACGCCGCUGAGUGUAGCUCCCACAACGAGUGUCUACACACAACAUGCUGUGGAGAUGAAGCCAAGUGAGCGACGUGACGAAGCCGCAUUCGUUUGUGUACAUAUCAAACAGACGGACAGUGUACGCGAAGCGUUGGCAUCUUUCAAGCACAUACUUCGCUCCAGAGUCGACAAGUUGAAAGGUGAUGGCGAUGGCAAUGCCAGCACCCAUCAAGAAGACUACGAAAUCGUACUUGGGAUGAAGAGAAACCCAUUGACCGCAGAUGAGACAGCGAGGCUUGUAUGGUCCGUUAUAGCCGAGAAUACGGAGAUCGAAAGAUCGCUAGCCGAGCGCGUCAAGUCAACAUCUCUCAAUUUCCGUGCAAUGGGAAUAUGUCCAACUCAAACGGCCGCAAUAGACCGUACCGCGAACCGCAGAGUGAUUUCGAAGCCGCCCAAUCUAGGCAAUACUCUUGCUGGAGUCGGCUCCUGCAUUGCUACGGGCGGAGUCCAACUUUCCGGAUACUACGGGCUGCAAACGGAAAGUACUGGCCUUAACACGCUCGUCAUGGGACUCGUCGGAUACUGUGGUAUCGUAGUUUUUGCAUUCAUACUGCUUUUGAUAAUCGAAGACGAAAUAGGGGUCGAGUCUGAAGACCUUCAGCCCAUCUUCGAUGACCCAGGCGUUGUAUGGACGUUCAGCGACUCGCGUCACGCACAACAUCAAUCUUUUGACAAGCAGCACCAACGGAACCUUGCCAUCACUUCCUUCGUCUGCGCAGGCCUCAUGGGAUCUUACGUGGUGUACUAUCUAGGCGUACGAGUCGCAGUAUGGUGGGUAGCUUUCGGAGAGCUAUUGAUAGUGGGACUUUCGGCUAUUUUUCGUGCUUGGCGUAUUAAAAAAUUCCUCACGGCAAAUGACCGAGAACUUGGCGAACACUGGUUAGGGACCUUCGGAGAUGACCUCUCCAAAUCUCUUCUUGAGAUCGUUGCAAUCAUGGAGUACAAGACAGCCAGCUCAAGUGAACCUUCCGAGAGCAUCGGAGAGAAACCGGUCUCGAGCCCAGUACUUGAGGAAGUAUCGCCAUCUUCGUCGCAAACAUUAUCCAAUUCCGAUAGUGAGAAGACGAUGUUGUGCUCUGACGGGAUCACCCGAUCUGAUGAAUUGGAAACCACGGAAACUUUGACCGAGAGCUGCACUCUAGUUGUUGCAAAACCGAUCCGUCAAUCCCUUCGAAACUGGUCAGGAUGCGAAGACAUAAUGAAAGUGGCUCUCGAAAUGGCAAAACACGUCUGCCAGUCUCAAAAAUUUCGCAACCCUGGUCACCGGCUUGAUAUUUCUGACGUCCCGAGCUUCAAGCGCAUCAUUAGAUUUCGGCUCAUGAUUUACGUGCCUGGUGUUCCAUGGAAAGCCAAUACCGACCUAGACUACAUCCUAACCGAGGACUUCGAUCUCCCUAACCUGUACCGCGACAUCCUCAAGAUAUUCCAUCUGUGCAGGGAGGUAAAUGGGACUAUUGUCAGACAUGAGGCUCGGACGAAGGAAGCUUCAGCGGAAGUCAGCAAUGUGCUAUGCGGUCCCCUCGGUCAUGUGACUGAGUCCAAUCUUUCGGACGGCUGCACAAUGACGCUCACCGAUCUACUAAUCGAGCUCCGCAACCAGAAUUCUGUAGAUAUGAAAGCCUACACUUUAAACCAAUCUGUCCUCCUCCCCAUAAUCCAAUUAGCAACCAUGUACGAAUCCAACCGCGAUGACCGCGAGAACCUCUUCUCCCGCAUUCAAGAGUUGCAAAAUGGACACACGGACAGGCUCCGCGUGAGUGGCGGCAAACACCUCCCCACUCUGGAAGCCAUCUUCGAAGAACACAAAACAUGGCAGCAUUUCAUGACGCCGAAGCCCCCAGAGCCGUCGUCAGGGCCGUUACAGCCGAGAGAUGAGACGAGUGGGCUUUAUGGAAAGUCAGCAACGAGGAAGUCUACAAUGGGGGAGAAGCGGAAGGAGAAACUUUGGUUGCAGGAUAUGGCGUUUAGGAGUCGACCAGGCAACCCUAGUCAGUAG